UUCUCGAGCAUCCGCAGACUCACGAUGUAUGGAAGACCUCCUCGCGGCGGUGGCGGUGGGCCGCCAUCAAGAGGCGCCAACUUUGACAGGAACGCUAAUCCAUACUAUACUCAGAACCCCAAUUUCCUCCCUAACUUUCAAUUCCAAAAUCCUUAUUUACAAUUCCAAAACCCCAGCUUUCCCAUCCAGAACCCCAACUUUCAGUUCCAUGCUCAGCCUUCUAGACCGAUGGCGGCCAUAGAUAUGGUCGAUAAGGCAGUUCUGAAGGCUCGCCGUGAAAUUCUCUCCACCGGAGAUUUUGUCUCAGCGUGGAAAGUGUCCCAAGCUGCUCUGGUUUUACUUCAGGCUGACACAUGGGACUCUUUAGGUUUCCAAAUGCAGCAAGUGCCCUCCCUUCACCGUCUCAUACUCACUGAAGGAAAGAUUAAUUCCUUCAUUCGCUGCUUUGUUGGGACUCAAAGAAUUACAACAUUGCAUGAUUUGGAAAUUGCAAUAUGCAAUACUGAGGGGGUUGAGCGGUUUGAAGAACUUGAAUUGGGUCCUUUGGUGAAACAUCCAUUAGUUGCACACUAUUUUUCUCCAAGCGCAGACAUGACAGAAAUCUGCAGAAUAACAAGUAAUGGAAUAAUAUCUUUGCUUUCUGAGUUCAUGGAUACCAAUAAACAUAAAAAAGUAGACAUUGAGGAGCUUUUGGAUUUUAUUGCAAAGAAACAAUCCGUAACAUCCAAGGAAAAGCUUGGUGUGCGAAUUCAGAGUUUGGGGAUGCAUAUCACACUGAUUCGACAAGCAAAAGAGUUAGAGGUCACCAAUGUGACCAAGUAUCUGAAGCCAUUGAGAAGGAGAUCCACUAAAAAAUUUAGAAAACACCCUCUUUUAUCCUCACAGAAAAAGCAGAUGGAUGAACAUUUCAGAGCUAUAUCAGAGCGUGUCAAAGCAUUCUCAUCUGUUAACGAAAUUGACAUUGACAGUGGGAAACAUACACUCUUUUUAUCCAGCUGCUCUGAGGAUAGUGCCAAUGAUGAUGAUGAAUCUGAAGAUGAGCAGGGUGGUAAUGAUGUACAUCAUGAAAAUGUUAAUAGCUCCGAUAGAGCGAGUACUUGUCCUUAUCCAUCAGUAACUGAAGAAAUAACGCGUCUGGGAUUUAGCAACGGUGUUAAACAAUCCAAAAGAAAAAGGAAACACAGCAAUAUUCAGAGUUCUGUUUCUUGUGCAAAGAAAGAGUUCAAAUCAGAAAGGGCCCAAACACCUGGGACUUCUGGGAAGAAGAUUAAUAGGGUAGGGAAGCAAAGCACAACUGAUUCUGCUGAUUGCUCAUUUGGAAGUGAUUCGAUGAAGAUGUUCAUUACCACUUGGAAGGAGACAUGUCAAACAAACAAUGUGGAUGAGGUGUUUAAUAAGAUGCUUCUGUUUUAUACAGAAAGCAAAAAAUCAAGAUCAACAGCAAGAAGAUUGUUUUCCUUGUACCCAUGUGUAGGAUUGCUUCAUAUUGCUGUGACAUCCAUUAAAAAUGGAAUGUGGGAUAGCAUGUAUGAUGCCUUUCAGGAUAUGAGUCAACCUGAAGUAGCAAACACGCGAUCUGAGAAUCAUUCUGAUUUUAUAUCUAUUGAUGUUGAAUCACCAUCACCAUUGCCUAGAAAGAAUGUGUCCAUCCUCCCUCAAGAACUUCUGGAAGCUGAACCAUGUGUCUCAGUUCAGGACAUUGUGAGCAAAAUUUCUGCAUAUCUAGAGGUUGACAGUGACCGAUUUAAUUCAUUCACAGAUAAGUUCACCAUCUUGAGGAAACUAUGCAAGCUUGAAUCUUGGUUAUCUGACCAAUUCUCCUCUAAAGGAUUUGAGUCACUUGGUUAUGGAGAUGUUUGGUCAUUCAUUGAAAAACAUAUGCAUUUCUUUGCAAAUGCUUUUCAGAAGAGCUUGAUAAGUGAUAUUAAUGAGAAUCAUCCUCUGAAGGCUUCCAUGCUUGAGCUUCAGUUGGAUGUCUUGGUAUCGCAGGCUUUGCACAUUUUAUUGGAUAACGAUAAGUUAAACAUGCAAAAGGUUUCUGAGUUGCUAGCUCGACAAUUCCCUUUGGUAUGUUUUCAGCUGGUACAUCCUGAUUUGUUGGUAAACUUAGAUUAUAGUAAAAAUGAGAAAGCCGCCUUGAGCUCGAAGUGUAUAAUAUUUUCUGAAACUUUGUUCAAAGCUGAAGGAUUGAGUAAAGGUGGGAUAAAUAUUUCAAAAAUUUCCUGCUUGGAAUAUAGUACAGGAAGUGUUGCUUGUUCUUACAGUCAGUCAACAUCCAAAGAUGUUAUGAAAGUUUUGCUCAAUGCUCCAAUGCUUACCGAUUUAAGAUUGUGGUCUCACUGGGACCUUGCAUUUGCUCCUUCACUUGGUUCUCUUGCUGGUUGGUUAUUGAAAGAGGCUAAUACUAAAGAAUUGUUGUGUUUGGUGACCAGAGGCGGGAAAGUAAUUCGAGUAGAUCAUUCAGCAACUACAGAUUCAUUCUUAGAAGUUCUUCUGCAAAAAUCUCCUUUUGAAACUGCUUUGAAGCUGUUGUCUUUGUUAACUUUAUAUGGUGGCGAACACAAUGUUCCUUUGGCCCUCCUGAAAUGCUACGCCUGCAAGGCUUUUGAAGUUUUUUCCAAAAAUUUUCUAGAUAUGGAUUCAAUUGAUAAGCACGGAAUGCCCAGUGAUGUAAACACCGUGUUACUGAAAACUGAGAGCAGACUUCAUAAAGCGAAUUGUGUUGCAUCAAGGUUUAUACUUGAGUGCCUGGACUAUAUGCCUCUUGAGUUCUGCCCUUUUGCUGCUGAUAUUUUGCUCUCCGGGUUGCAGCAGUUUGCCAAAGAUGCUGCUUCAGCUGUACUAGAGGAAUGCAGGGUGAUUAAACAUCGUGUCAUGCUUCAUGACAUUGGAUUUUCACUUGGUAUUCUGGAAUGGAUCGAUGAUUACUACACAUUUUCUGCUUCUGCAUCUGCCACCUGUUUAUCAAUGUAUUCUGAAACUUCUUUCCUACCACACGGCAUGGCUGAACUAAACACCAAUUCAAAUCUGUUGCAAUCUAGUACUGUACUUCCCUCUCCGGAAGUUAAAGAUUUCUCCCUUGAGACAAUGCUGCAUAAUGGGAAUCACAGAGAAAUGAGCGAAACUAGUAAGGUUGCUGCUGGUCCUGUUGAUUGUUCGGGUGGAGGUCCGAUAAAUCAGUUUUAUGACCUCAGUCCAGGCCAGGUUGUUGAAUCUAUAAGACAGGAAGAAUUUGGUUUGAAUCCUAAUAUUUCAUCUGUUGAAAGUGAAAUGUUGAAUAAGCAACAUGCCCGGUUAGGCAGAGCACUCCAGUGUCUCUCACAUGAGCUGUAUUCUCAGGAUUCACAUUUCCUUCUGGAACUGGUUCAGAAUGCAGAUGACAACAUCUACCUUGAAAAUGUUGAGCCCACAUUGACAUUCAUUCUUCAUGAUAAGGGCAUUGUAGUGCUAAAUAAUGAACAAGGGUUUUCUGCAAAGAACAUCAGAGCGCUCUGCGAUGUGGGGAAUUCCACAAAGAAAGGACAUAGUUCUGGAUAUAUUGGAAAGAAAGGCAUUGGUUUCAAAUCUGUGUUUCGGGUCACUGAUGCUCCUGAAAUUCAUUCCAAUGGUUUUAAUAUAAAGUUUGAUAUAACGAAGGGACAGAUAGGGUUUGUUUUGCCAACUCUUAUCCCCUCAUGUGACGUUGAUUUCUACUCCAGACUGGUCUAUACAGAUAAAGACCCCAUCACAUCCAAUUGCUGGAAGACAUGUAUUGUCCUCCCUUUCAGAUCAAACAUUUUAGUAGAUUCUGCUAUAAAUAGCAUUGCAUCAAUGUUUGCAGAUCUUCACCCAUCUUUACUACUAUUUCUUCACCGACUUAAAUGUAUCAUGUUUCGAGAUAUGAUUAGGAAUUCAUUUAUUAUAAUGCGGAAAGAAGUUGUUGGUGAUGGUAUUGUUAGAGUUUCAUGUGGAAAUGAAAAAAUGUCUUGGCUUGUGGUAUCCCAUAAAUUACGGGCUGAUGUUAUUCGUCCUGAUGUGCAAACAACAGAGAUAUCCAUUGCUUUUACAUUGCAGGAGACAAUUGAUGGAAGCUACAUUCCGAAUCUGAACCAACAGCCUGUUUUUGCAUUUCUUCCUCUGAGAAAAUAUGGUCUAAAGUUUAUUCUUCAGGGUGACUUUGUUUUGCCUUCAUCCAGGGAAGAAGUUGAUGGAAAUAGCCCUUGGAAUCAGUGGUUACUCUCUGAAUUUCCUAACUUGUUUGUUAAUGCGGAGAAAUCAUUUUGCAAUCUUCCGUGCUUUAGGAAUGAUCCAGCAAAGGGUGUUGCAGCAUAUCUGACUUUUGUUCCCAUUAUAGGGGAAGUGCAUGGAUUCUUUUCUAGUCUUCCUCAGAUGAUUCUCUCUAAAUUGCGGAUGUCAAACUGUUUGAUUCUAGAUGGUGAGAAGAAUGAGUGGGUUCCACCUUGCAAAGUUCUGAGAAACUGGACUGAGCAGGCUCGCACUCUUUUUCCUGAUAGCUUGCUUUAUGAGCAUCUUGGACUUGGAUAUUUGCAUAAAGAUAUUGUUUUAUCUGAUUCAUUAGCAAGGGGUCUGGGAAUUGAAGAAUAUGGACCCAAAAUUCUUAUCCAGAUUUUAUCUUCUUUGUGCUGUAAGGAGGGUGCUUUGGAAUCCAUGGGCUUACCUUGGUUAUCAGCAUGGCUUAAUUGCAUCCAUAUGAUGUCCAUCCCAAGCUCUGGGCAAUGUUUACCUGACUCUGGAAUAGGACCAGAUAUCACAAAUAGCCUGAGGAAACUUCGGUUUAUUCCUCUUUCAGAUGGAAAAUUUAGCUCAAUGGAUGAAGGCACUAUUUGGUUGCACGCUGAUGCUUUGAGCACUAGUAGUAGCGACAAGAAUGGUCUGGAGAAUUUCCCAAUGGUAUAUGCUAGACUUAGAAUCGUGAGUUCUGCUCUAUUCUCUGCAGAUACAGCUUAUGAUACGUGCUUUCAAGCAUCUACUGUAGAAAAUAUUGUUAGGAUGCUGUAUAGAGUUGGUGUUCAGCAGUUAUCGGCACAUGAAAUAAUAAAGAUGCACAUUCUUCCUCUUCUUUCUGAUGGUCAACACACCUCACAUGAUGGUCUAAUGACUGAUUAUAUUUCUUUCAUGAUGUUCCAUCUACAGUCUAACUGCCCCAACUGUCAUCUGGAAAGAGAUCUUAUCAUUGAUGAAUUACGCAACAAAGCUCCCAUUUUAACAAAUUGUGGUUACAAGCGAUGUGCAGAGGUUCCAAUCCAUUUCAGCAAAGAGUAUGAGAAUCCUAUUGACAUGAAGCAGUUAGUAACAGGCCUUAGUGUGGAAUGGGUUGAAGUUCAUAAUGUGUAUUUAGAGCAUCCAAUUACAACAUUAUUGCCAGGAGGAGUUUCAAAGUGGAGAAACUUCUUCAUGGAGUUGGGGAUCACUGAUUUUGUACAAAUCUUUCCAGUUGAGAAAAGCAUCUCGGAUUUAUCUCAAGUAGUUAUACAAAGUAUAACUUGGGAUAAAGAUUUGUUUUCUCGAGAGUUAAAGGUCAAAGAUUGGGAAUCCAAAGAAUUUGCUCAUUUGCUGUCACGACUAUCUGCUGUUAAUGGUAAAGAGAAGUCCAAGCAUCUUUUGGAGAUCCUUGAUUCCUUGUGGGAUGAUUGUUUCAAUGACAAGGUUAACGGUUUCUUUUUUAAUUCCAAUGGUGAAAUGAAACUAUUUGAAUCUUCAUUUGCCAGCAGCAUUCGUAAUGUUCAAUGGAUUGGUUCGACCUUGGAUGACAAUCUCCACUUUCCUAGCGACUUGUUCUUUGAUUGCGAGCCGGUGCGAUCAGUUUUGGGUGCCUCUGCACCCUAUGCUCUUCCAAAGGUGAAGAGCAAGAAGUUGCUGAGUGUGAUCGGUUUGAAAACUCAGGUAACAAUUGAUGAUGCCCUAUCUAUUCUUAAGGUUUGGACAAGGUCUGAAUCAUCCGUGAGAGCCAGCUUAUCACAAAUGUCUAAGUUCUACACAUUCAUAUGGGAUGGAAUAUCUACUUCUGAUCUACGAGUCGUGAAUGAUCUGUGUGAUGGUCCUUUCAUAUUUGUCCCACACUUGUGUAGUUCUUGGUCCGAGGAUGUGUCUGGGGUAUUUUUAUCGAGUAAAGAAGUCUUUUGGCGUGAUCCUAUCGGUUUUACAGAGCAAAUGAAAACAGUCCGUUCUGAACAUGCUGCAGAUAUGGCUCAGCGCCCUGUUGUUAAUAUGUUAUGUAGUGUGUAUCCUAGCCUUCACGAUUUUUUUGUGAAUGUGUGUGGAGUGGUUGAGUUCCCGCCUUUUCGUGGUUACCUUCAGGUUUUGCUACAGUUGUCGGCUGUUGCUUUACCUUGCCAGGCGGCUAAGACUUUUUUUCAGGUGUUUGUAAAGUGGUCUGAAGAACUAAAAUCAGGCUUGCUUAGCUCGGAAGAUCUUGAACACCUGAAAGAUAAUCUUCGGCAGAAGGACUUUACUGUGCUCCCCACUGUACAGGAUAAAUGGGUAUCUCUAAAUCCAUCUUUUGGCAUUAUUUGUUGGUGUGAUGAUGAUAUACUGAAGAAGGAAUUCAAGCAUCAUGAAAACAUUGACUUCUUGCACUUUGGGGAACUUAUCAGCGAGGAAAAGGAGUUGCUGCACUCAAAGGUGUCAAUUCUCAUGCAAAGGCUUGGCAUCCCCGCUCUUUCAGAGGUUGUAACUCGUGAAGCAAUAUACUAUGGUGUUUCUGAUUCUACUUUUGUGGCUUCUCUGAUCAACUGGGCUCUUCCGUAUGCUCAACGCUACAUACACAACAAUCAGCCCGAAAGAUUCUCUCAGCUCAAGCAAUCUGGAUUUGAAAGUCUGAAAAGUCUUAAAGUAAUUGUCGUAGAGAAGUUGUUCUACAGAAAUGUGAUCAAAGGAAACAUGAUGCCAUCCAAGAAAAGGUUCGAGUGCAACUCUCUUCUAAAGGACACCGUAUUGUAUGUUUCUCGAGAGUUCGAUUCACAUUCUGUAUUUAUGGAACUUUCUCGUCUUUUCAGUGGUGGAACCCCUGAUCUCCACUUAGCGAAUUUUCUUCACAUGAUCACAACCAUGGCAGAAUCAGGCACGACCGAAGAGCAGACUGAAUUCUUCAUUCUAAACAGUCAGAAAAUGUCCAAACUCCCAGAGGGAGAACUUGUCUGGUCCCUUUCGGAGAGUGCAUUUUCUAUGGUAAAUGAAGAGGCGCCAAUGAUGAACUUCGAAUUGGAAACAACUGAGGAGCCAAAUCCCGUAAAAUUCAAGAGGAGACCAGGAAUUAAUUCUAAUUGGCCCCCUGUAGACUGGAAAACUGCACCUGGUUUUCCUUCCACCCACAUGUCUACAUUUAAAACACCGGUGGGCAGUGGUGGGAAAGUACUGGCGGAGGAUGAGGUGGCAGAAAUCAUGAGGCAUCCCGAAAAGCACCCUCAUGCUCCAACUGAUAUUAACCUCGAAAGAGUCGUCGAAGAGGGCUCAAUAGCAGGUGCACUUCGGACUGUGGGUGCACUAGAUGCUGAAAUUUCAGAAGUCAAACCAUUAGACUUCCCCAAUACUAUGCCUGGUACUAGUAUGUGUUUGGAUUCUCUCCCUGAUGUUACUACAUCAGAAGGUCCGGCUUCAGUUCCAAAUUUCAGUGAUAGAGGUCAACUAUCGCUUAGCACAGCAGAUAGACAACAGGCACUCUUAACGGGCAGGCUAGGGGAAUACGUUGCUUUUAAGUAUUUCAUUGGUAAAGUUGGCCAAACAUUUGUGAAGUGGGUGAACGAAACUCUUGAGACUGGGCUGCCUUAUGACCUUAUAGUGGAAGAUAAAGAGUACAUAGAAGUAAAGGCAACCAAACACCUGAGAAAGGAUUGGUUCAACAUAUCCACAAGGGAAUGGCAGUUUGCAGUUGAAAAGGGUGAAUUUUACAGCAUUGCACAUGUUGUAUUAUCAGUUAACAAUACAGCAACUGUCACGAUAUACAAAAAUCCUGCCAGACUCGUCCAGCUCGGUAAGCUCCAGUUGGCCAUUACAAUCCAAUAAACUAUUUUUUCUUGGAUACCUCUCAUAACAAAAACGUCGGUGAACUAGUUGGUAUACAUGCGAAAGACAUACAUCUGUUAGAUUUUUUUAUUCACGACCGGGAAAAUAUCAUUUUGGACAGGCGUGACAUUAUUUCGAGUGUAGGAGCAUGCAGGAACCGGGUACAUAAUGUUGUAUAAGAGUGACAAUGAUAGGGUUUGGUUUUUCCGUCCAAAAAGAUUCUGUUCACCAUGUUAACCAAAACACAUUUUUGCUUUUCCCUUUUGUUUCCCAAGUAUUUCAAAGAACGUGCCAUUGUGUAUCUGUAUCAUCUUUAUUUGAUUGGUAUGAUUCUUUGAGCAAUAAUUUACCAAUAGUCUC